AUGGGCCUCAUCUCCAGUGACAGUCUCUUGAACAAAAAGUACAAUGAACAGGAUUGUCUGCUUGCCGUACGUGGCCAACGAAUCCCAAAAGCUCUGGGAGAAGAAAUCACUCAACUAUGUGUUGUCCGUGGAAUUCGAUACCAUCCAGGCUUUGCCACCGAACUUCGUGGACUAUGUCCUAAAUUCACCCGUGCACUGAACGCCAGGGACAUCAUGAGCGAUAAGAUCCCCGAUAUGAGCGACCCCGAUGAGUUCCCUUACUGCAUCUGGUACCCGGAGACGGCGAAGGAAGAAACCUACCGGGAUCUUGCCCGCCGCUAUCCGCAGAUGAAGUAUCUUGUCGGUCGAGCAUGUGCUGUAGCGGGUUAUGUAAACCUUUUCAAAGAGUUGGACCUCCUUCCCGAAGUGCACAUUGCAGAAGAGGCGCGCGAGAACAAACAGUGGGUGAUCUACGAAGUAAUCAUGGCGGCAGAUCGACGCUACAACGCUAUGGACGAUUACACAAGGGCUGUAUUUCCAAAGCCAGUCCCAGGGUACCUCAACGCAGAUACUGCAGUACGGUCCUACCUGGAUAUCAAGACGAAAUUUGAAAAGCCGCCCGGCUGUGACGAGGACUGGAGUAUUUUUGAUGUCUUGAGUAUACGGGACCGCGGCAUUUUUGACAUUACAGAAGACGAUCGGAUCGACGAGUUCACUUCGGAGCCACUGCCACCGCAGAACGACGACGUGAGUCACCUACUGUAUACCCCGCUGCCAGCCGACUUGCCGACGAUGAAUAAGGACCUGUUGAUCCUCAUGGCGGCAUAUUACGGUAAUAUCGAACGGUAUGCUCGCCUGCGUCGUCCGAAUAGUUGGGUCACUACCGAGGUGGAAUGUGUCGUGCGCGGCGUCUACCACAACUCCAUGUUCGCAAAAUGGUGGUCCCUUCAACCCGGGCCAGGGCCAGCACCAGACCGUAUCGAGAAAGCAAUCAACGCACGCUUCAUCAUGAAUAACGACCUUUCUCGGAUCACGCCAGAGACCAGACACCUUCCGUACUGCAUCUGGUACCCAUCCUUUCCCCACGUCGCGACUUGCAAAGAACUGCUUCGACGCGUGCCAUCUAUGAAACCGGCUGUUGCGAGGGUCUGCAUCCUGCGCGAUUACAGCGACUACUGGGACGAGCUUGACGCAGACCCGGAUGUGAAUCUGAUGGCGGAGGCUCGGGAGAGUCCUAACCCAAAAUAUCUCCGUGAUCUGGAAGCAAGGAUUCCAGAGCGUGGUUGCCGCGACUUCGAACACGAUUCGACGUAUUCAACUGUAACACGGGACUUUAUGUACGAGCCCACCUCCACCCUUGUCCUUAACAGAGUGCCCAACGAACCGUAUGCGGACAUUGAGAUGGGCGUGCCCUACAAUGGGAGAGGUGCCAAUAUGGCCUACAUCGAGCUAUGUGUCUCUGUACCGGACGAAGUGAAGAAGGUUGCUCUUGAAGAGCUCGAGGAAACUAGAAGCUUCGACGUUAUUGAGUAUUACAACUCUUUGGGGGAGAAUAGACAUUCUACUCGAUCCACCGAGUCCUAG